AGACCAAUUGUACCUUCUUUCAUCAUGGCUUCAUCUAGAGUACUACCCAAAGUCCCAGCUAAGCACGCCGACUUCAUCUCAUAUGCUCACGCCCAUGCCGACCAAUCGCUGCCCGAGCUGCUGGAGCCUUACAAGCAAUACGAUGCCUCCAUCCGGGAAGUCUUCGCCCAAGAGCCAGAUCAUCCGGCAUUGACCGACGACCAUCUCAACAUUGUGCCUGUUUACGCUGGUUUCGAGGACAAGGUGAAAAUCCGGGCCCGCGAUCCAGCAACUCAGAGCGACGAGGAAAGAGAAAGAUAUGUCAUGCCAUUGGAUGAUGCCGACAGGCGCCCCACGGGAUCCCCGGCCAUCGCAAAAAGCAUCGAUGAGUUCAAGCAGAACUUCUCCAUCUUUUGCGAGCAGUCGCUCGCCGAUCUAAAUUGGAGCAAUGUUGUCGCCGCUGGUUCGGCGGUCGUGACCAGUCUACUACCGGUUCCGGACGAAUACAAGAGCUCCAAGAGAGCCCUUCGCCAGUACUAUCACGAGAUUCUUGCACCCGCUUCGGAUGUUGAUCUCUUCAUUUAUGGCUUGAGCGAAGAAGAUGCCGUUAAGAAGAUUCUGGAGAUUGAACAGUGUGUCAAGGACAGCAUCCUUACGGAAAUCACAACAGUUCGCACAAAAAAUGCAAUCACCAUUGCCAGUCAGUACCCGACUCGCCACAUACAGAUUGUGCUCAGAAUCUACAAAUCUGUUGCGGAAAUUCUCACUGGGUUCGAUGUCGACUGUUCUUGUGCAGCGUAUGAUGGCAAACAAGUCUGGGCUGCCCCGAGAGCGUUGACCGCAUAUAUGUCACAGAUCAAUACCAUUGACCUUACUCGCCGGUCUCCAUCGUACGAGAACCGUCUUUCCAAGUAUUCUCACCGCGGCUUCGAAGUGUACUGGCCUUUGCUUGAGCGUUCUCGCGUGGACCCAACGAUUUUCGAGAGACAUUUCGGUCGUACCGUUGGUUUGGCAAGACUUCUAGUCUUGGAACGUCUUCCAUCCAAAACCGAACGGGAAGAUUACAUGGAUGAACGCCGUCGCGAGCGUGGGCGUCCGGCUAUCAACCGAAACACCUAUUACAAUGCGGGAGAUAACAUCAAAGAGGCCCACGAAGAUGAGGUCGCGGAAUGGGUGGAGCAGGAAGAUGUUUCAAACUACCACACUUUCACCAUUCCGUAUGGAAAGAAAUACCACGCCAAGAAGAUCGAAAAGCUUUUGUACGCAAAAGAUAUUCUUCUCAACGCGGAGUGGAACAAGAAAAAGGAUCGCGAGGUUAAUCUGCAUCGACAUCCUGCUUUCUUUGGGUAUGCGAAAGACGUCAUUCAUGACUGCUGUGGCUUCUGCCCGGAGCCUGUAACUCCUGAAGAAAAGGAAGCUGCGGAAGAAGAAGGGAAGAUCUAUGUAUCGGGUGAAGUAACUUUCAUCAAGGAUGACCCCGGACGACAAGCAAUUGGCUCCUUCAAUCCCAUUACCGAUGACGACUGGACAGAAAUGGCCUAUGUCGGAAACACUGCUCGUCUAUGUCAGGCUAUUGUCGAUCAGGAUCUGGAACACGUUCAAGACUGGCUUGCACAGGAAGGGUCUGAUCCAAAUUGUCGAGACUACACUGGUCGCACUCCCUUGCAUCUAGCUGUCAUGUCCUCAUCGCCAGAGAUUGUCCAGGCACUCAUUGAUCAUGAUGCUCGACUAGUCGCGCGACUUGCAGACGGCAGAACUGCACUCCAUCUCGCCGCGGCUCGUGGAAACGCCGAAAUCGUCCGGAUGAUUAUGCAGAGAAGUGAGAAGAACGAGGAAGAGGAGAGCAAGAAAGAAGACAUUCGAAAGCAAACGCGAAAGUCAACCGAGCAGAAGCCAGAGAAAGAAAACGACUCACAUACCGAUGAGGGCGAUCAGUCCAAGAAACCAACCCCAGAAGAUGAAGAUGUGGAUAUGGCAGAUCAAAGCGAUGAGGCGGAUGCUGAAGCAGACAGUAUGCAGGAUGAUGGCGGGGAUGAGGACUGGGAGAAAGCAGAUCACGACGAGGACGAGGACGAAGACGAGAAUGGCGAUCAAGACCAAUACGCUAUGUCUAAUGACGAAGCAAACAGCCGAACAACCGGAUCCUUUGUCAAAGUGGAGAAGGAAACUCCCGGUGGCAACGAUGCCAUUCCCGAAGAGAACGAAGAUGAUCCCGAUGUCUACGAUGUGAAUGUACUUGCAUGGGACCUUCAAUGCUCGCCGCUACAUCUAGCCAUUCUACACGGCCAUACUGAUGUUGUCAUCGAACUCGUGCAGAAUUUCGGAGCCGAUGUCUUGCUUCCUAUCAAGCUGUAUAACGAGUAUGAUAAAUCACCUCGCGGCGCCAUUCUCACCCUUGUGCUUGCCCUGAGUCUGCCUUUGGACAAGGCCAAGUCGAUGGUCAAAACCCUGCUGGAUCUCGGCGCUUCUUCUGCGCAGGCUGACACCAAUCAAAUCACAGCCCUGCACUACAUGACAUGCGGAAAAACAGAAAUUCUCGAUACACUGUUUGAAGUUGAUGAACCUGCAGCUAAAAAAGCCAUCAAUCAUCUCACUGCUCCAAAAGGCUACUAUACUGACACUGCUUACAAUGUUCUUAUGAGUGCAACAUGGAAGAAAGACAUCUUUGCUGCGAGAAAGCUUCUUGAGAAGGGAGCAGCUCCAACUGUACAGUUCAAAGACUGGAUCAAAGCGGUGUCGGUUCAUCGAGAGGAUCAUUAUCAUAAUUCGAGCGCGAAGGAGAACAAGAGAGAGUUCCGACUGGAGUUCCAGCAGCCGAUUCAGGUUGCGAUUGAGUACGAACUUCCAGAAAUUGCCUCGCAAUUGAUCGACCUGGGGGCUGAUCCAAAUACUCUAUCACAAGAAGCGUGCUACAAUGUGGAACAUGAGCGCAAAUACGAGGAUUCUGCAACCAUGUUGGAUCUUGUUCGUCGGAAGAUCCGCCUACUGGAAAAAUACAAGGAUGAAGAGCCGCCCAAAAAGCCCAAGCUCAACAUCGAGGAGAAUGUGGACUAUCUAGCUGGCAUUGAAAAAGAUACCUACGCCUAUUUUGCCGCCACAAAACAGAUCAAAGAAGCUCAAAAGAGAGAUGAGUACGAAAAGGAUAGUUACGAGCAAGUUCUCAAACGACAUGAAGAGUACAAGGCUGCAAGGGAGAAGAAAAAAGCUGAGAUUGGAGAGUUGCUCUCGAAGUUCCGGGCAUUUGAGCAGUCCCUCCUCAACCAAGGUGCAAAAACAUUCCAGCAACUUCAUCCGAAAUUGUAUCGGGCACCCCCCAAGGAGGAGGAGGACGACGACGACGACCAGUCCAUGGGUGGUGAGGGAUCUUCAUUCGCAGUUGAGAUCAGCUUCGAUGUGCACGACCUAGAAGAGGAAACGAGAGAAGGGUACGCCAAGCUCUUCCAAGCUGUCUGGGACAACGAUCUUGACACUGUCAAAGCCCUUACACUCUCACCGUGGGGCGCUGACAAUCGGCCACUAGAGGUUGCCGUCACAGACUCUGUUGACUGCUCGACGUUUGCUAUAGCUGUGAUGCGUGGCCAUCUCGAUCUUGCUCAGGCUCUUGUUGAAAUAUCGUACGCCCAGUAUGAUCCAAAGAUUAAUGAUAGGCCCAACUUAUACCGGUACCGCUUAGGCGCUCAGGAUAACAGUGAUAGUGAUAGUGAUAGUGAUAGUGAUAUUGAGCUCGAGGAAGAGGCGACGGACGAAGAGUUUACUGUCAAUAUUGGCGAGGCGGUCACUGAGACGAGAAGUGGCACAUCACCUCUAGGUUUCAUGGGCUCAUAUUUCCCAGUGAACCACUACACGUCACUGUUUCUGCCCGCCAAGUCACAUUUCACAUAUGGCACAGAAGGUAUACAACGUCCAAUGGAGGAGAAACAGGAUAUGGAGGCGUAUGCCAUCGCCACCAACGACGCUUCUUUGUUUGCUUUCAUGGUCGAUCUCAAAACAAAAUGGACAGAAUUGACUCAGCAAAAGGCAGGUGAAUCGCCUCAGAUUGUCUCGUUCGAUGCCUUUCCAAUGGCUAUGGUAUGUGGCCGGACAGAGUUUAUGGAAGAAAUGAUCAGGAGAGGUGGCGCAGGGAUGGAACUCGAGUCUCUGGUGAAGAGAAGCGGAGUUCAGCUUCAAGAGAAGCCGAAAUAUUAUCAAGGCUUGAGCAUUCAUGGUAAGAAGCGCUCAGACUGGAUCGCGGCUGCACGGGGCGAGAGCGUCGCGACUGUUUCUGAAACCAGGCCACCGCUUCUCAUGGCCGCAUAUGAGGGCAGUCUGCGCAGUGUGGAGUGGUUCCUGAGUGAUACACCCUGCAGACGCUAUCUCGAAUUCGCGGAAGCAAACAAAGACCACAAAUUCAUCGCUCAUCUUAAUAAAGAUGGUGGAGGCUUUGAGAAAGUACUCAAAAAAUGGCUCAACGCUCGCAACGAACUUGCUCUUCAUUGUGCAGUUAUAGCCAAACCGACUGCAGAGACGAGCAAGAUAAUCAAAUACCUCAUUGAAGUUAUGCCAAAGUCGCUCGACAGCAAAUCCGCGGAUGGCAGAACACCCCUCGCUAUCGCUUUCCAGGGACGCCGUCUCGAUGCUGCCAAAAUCCUUGUAGAAGCGGGCGCCGACCAGAGCACCCGAACCAAGGAGGGCUGCAACAUUUUACAUCUUCUCCUCCCCUCAUUCGACUCCACCGACGACUUUUCAGAUCUCAAAUCGUUCCUCGACCUCAUAGACAAGCGCCUCCUACCGUCUCUACUCACCGAGCGUUCCUGGCGUGAUCCAGGAUCUCUUACCCCCAUCAUCAGUUAUAUGCGCUUCAGCUCCUUCCAAACCCACGCGCAAGAAGCCGAAAUGCUCCGCUUCCUUCUCACAUAUGCCGCCGAGUCCACCAACAACGAGCACCUGGAACUCCUCGACGCAACAGGCGACACCCCGUUGCACUACCUCGUCAAGGAAAAACAACAACACCUCAUCCCCGUCGUCCUCGAAUCCCGCCCGGAUCUCUUGUUCCGCGAAAACAGCGUCGGCCGCACGCCUUACGAACUCGCAGAGGAUAUCUUCGUGUCAAGUAACGUCUCGAACGCGCCAUCUGUCGGGAAACCUAAUCGUUGGUCCAACGACGCGUUGGAGGAUAAGCCCGUGGACGAUUUCAAAGAGGACAAAGAGGAAGAGCCGACGGCGGAGAGCAUAUGGCGGCUCUGCAAAGAAUGGUUGAGCAAAAUCCGCGGGGAUGGCAGCGGUGAGGGCGGCAAGGAAAAGAGGGUUCUGGUUAGCUUGGAGGAGGCCAACGAAGUUGCGAAGAGGCUGGCCGCGAGGAAGAGACGCGCUGCACGCACAAACACAUAUGAGCAUCGUGACGAUGAGAAUGACGGUGACGAUGAUGAAAAUGACGAUGAGGUUACUGUGUUGACUAGGUAUUGGUAG